GCAAAUGUCAAAAAUAUCAGACAUAAAGACAGGAGGAAAAUGUAAAACACAAUAAAAAAAUAUCAACACCAGCCCAAAUCAUACAUCGGGUAAACAUUUCUUAAGACUUUAGUGCGUUUAGAAGAUUGUAUGGAAAUCUUUAUAGACGUAACUAAAAAGAAAAUGUGAACAGCUGAUUAUAAGCAUAAUUAAAUUUCUGUGAUACAGUGUCUUAACGCUUUAGUGAAGAUAGGCCGCCAAAUUUCAAAUGCUAUAAAAAUUAUUUGUUAAAGUAGUGAUUACUAAAUUUUACAAUUACACUUUAAUCUGAAAUGUACGAAAAGAAAUAAAUAAAGGAUUAUUAUGUGUUGAAUACAUGAUAAAUACAAAGUAUCAUAUUCCUUUUAAGUUAUAUUUUACUUGCAAUAUUGUGGUUUGUCUGCCGCUCUGACACUCAUUUGGUUCCAAGAUGCCCUCGCUCUUGGAAGCACUAGAGCGUAAGUACGGCGCGAAGGGCGAAGUGAACCCAUGCAUAGACGAUAUGCCAGUCGCUAUCUUCGUGCCUAAGCGGUCACCCCGGCUGAGUGUGCCUACCCUAUUGGUGCUGAAUGAUUGCGACAUCGACUGCGCGGGAGACGCCUGCGCACUCGCUGAUAAAUGUGCUGAUGUUGUGGAACUCGACCUGGCGAAUAAUAAACUCACUGAAUGGCAGGAGGUCUUCGCAAUACUAGAGCAAACGCCACGGGUACGGUUUCUAAAUCUAAGCUUCAAUCGGCUCUCGGCACAAAUUCAAGCAGCUCAGGCACUUCAGCCUAAAUGGGACAGCUUAAGUCACUUGGUCUUGAACUCUACGUACGUCGGUUGGCCUAGCAUCCUCGGUCUACUCAAGUCUCUGCCAGCUCUCGAAGAGUUGCACUUGAGCCUCAACGAGUAUUCUUACGUGGACUUAAGCGGGAAAGAAAUAGACGAGAAAGACCGUUGUGAAGCAUGCUCCCGGCUCAAUGUAGACUUUACUGAAUCUAUUCAUGAGCAAUUGAAGAAACUCCAUUUCUCUGGUAAUCCUGUGAGCAGUUGGCGAGAGAUCAGCAAACUGGGAUAUGCCUUCCCCAAUUUGGAAACGCUGUUAGUCAACGAGUGCCCUAUAACAACACUAGAACCGGACCCUUGCGAGAAAUGUGGAGACGCCAAUGGGAAUAAAAAGAGUCACGACGCGUUUUCGCAUCUUCGAUUCCUCAACCUAAACAACACCGGCCUUGCCACGUGGGAUGAAGUCGAUAGAUUGGCUUUGUUUCCGGCAUUGAGAAGUUUAAGAGUACAAGGGUGGCCUUUAUGGGAGCGUUUCGAAUCGACGGAGCACGAGCGUCGCUUGCUGCUGGUGGCGCGGCUGCCGCGCGUGCGUACCCUCAACGGCGGCGGCGCCGUGCCCGCGGAGGAGCGCGACGCGGCCGAGCGCGCCUUUAUCAGAUACUAUAUGGAGAAACCGGAGGCUGACCGACCUGACAGGUACUGGGAGCUGGUGGGCGUGCACGGCAAGCUGGACCCGCUGGUGUCGGUGGACCUGCGGCCGGAGAAGCGCGUGCAGAUCACCUUCACGUGCGGCGACACCAGCGAGGUGCGCACCGUCGACGUCUACAGAACUGUAUCAGAUUUGAAAACUCGUUUGGAACGACUCGCGGGCUUCCCUGCCUCUAAGAUGAGACUAUUCUAUGUCGACCAGGAGCUGAGAGAUACACAGUUUUUCCAGGGUCCUGAAGAAAUGAAGUACCCGACGAAGCAGCUGUACUCAUACAACAUACGUUCCGGUGAUGAAAUCAUCAUCGACUCGAAGUUCAAACACUCCAUUUCCGUCAACUCCACCGCAUGAGAACUUAUAUACCUUUUUAAAGCCAACAAGUUAGUAGAAAUAAUAGAAUAUCUAUAAAUACCAUAGUUACCCAUAGAUAUAUCACACAGUAUUACUCUAAAACUUGUGUCUAAACGCAAACUUUUACUAUCGAAGUUUUCUUAUGUUCCCAUUUAACUGAUUGUAGUUAACAUAUUUUGAUCUACUAACGAAAUGAGUUACGUGCAGAAUUAAUUUAGUUAAGUUUGUAUGUUGGUUUUCUGUAUUUUUUUUAUCACAAACGUAAAAAAUAGUUAA